AUGGCCGGCGCCGCGCCUCACGUCAUGGUGCUGCCGUUCCCGGCGCAGGGCCACGUCACGCCCUUCAUGGAGCUGUCGCACCGCCUCGUCGACCGCGGCUUUCAGGUCACCUUCGUCUGCACCGAGCUCAUCCACGGGCUCCUCCUCGACACCGGCACCACCGGCGACGCGCUGUGCGGCAUCCGCCUCGUCUCCAUACCGGACGGCCUGGCCGACCGCGACGACCGCAGGGACCUCUGCAAGUUCGUGGGGGGGAUCACGCGGUACAUGCCGGGCUACGUGGUGGACCUCAUCAGGGAGACGGAGGCGUCCGGAGAGAGCAAGGUGAAGUGGCUCAUCGCCGACGUCAACUUGGGGUUCUGCUUCCAGGGCGCCAAGAACCUCGGCGUCCGGGUGGCUGCCGUCUGGCCGGCGGCUGGCGGGAGUCUGGCGACGUGGUUCACGAUUCCCAAGAUGAUAGAGGAUGGCUUCAUUGAUGACAAGGGCGUGGCAAAGCGACAGGAGAAGUACGAGAUCGCCCCGAAUAUGCCGCCGGUCUGCCCGUCGCGCAUGCCAUGGUUGAUCGACGGCCCACCGGAGGGGCAGCAGGAAGUCUUCCAGCUGGUGGUCUAUGAUAACGCGAAGGCGACCAGCCUCGCCGAGAUGCUCGUGUGCAACUCGUUCCUCGACGCCGAGACUGCGGCGUUCGGGCUGUUCCCGGAGAUACUGCCCAUCGGCCCGCUGUUCGCCGACAAGGAGCUCCGGAAGCCCGUCGGGCAGUUCUGGCCGGAAGACGUCAGCUGCUUGGAGUGGCUCGACGCGCAGUCCGAAGGCUCCGUUGUGUACGUGGCGUUCGGCAGCUUCACCAUCUUCGACCCGCGGCAGUUCAGAGAGCUCGCCGAGGGGCUGGAGCUCACCGGCCGGCCGUUCCUGUGGGUAGUGCGCCCGGACUUCACCUCCGACGUCCUCGGCAAGGCGUGGUUCGACGAGUUCCAGAGCCGCAUCGCCGGCAAGGGCAUGAUCGUCAGCUGGUGCCCCCAACAGCAGGUUCUGGCGCAUCCCGCCGUGGCGUGCUUCAUGUCGCACUGCGGGUGGAACUCGACGACGGAGGCGGUGAGGAACGGCGUGCCGAUCCUGUGCUGGCCCUACUUCGCCGACCAGUUCACGAACCGGAGCUACAUCUGCGACAUCUGGAGGACCGGCUUGGCCGUGACGCUCGGAGAUGGAGUCGUGACGAAGGAGGAGGUGAAGAGCAAACUUGAGCAGGGCCACGUCACGCCGUUCAUGGAGCUGUCGCACCGCCUCGUCGACCACGGCUUCCAGGUUACCUUCGUCUGCACCGAGCUCAUCCACGCGCUCCUCCUCGACACCGGCACCACCGGCGACGCGCUGUGCGGCAUCCGCCUCGUCUCCAUACCGGACGGCAUGGCCGAAGGCGACGACCGCAGGGACCUCUGCAAGUUCGUGGGCGCCAUCACGCGGUACGUGCCGGGCUACGUGGAGGACCUCAUCAGGGGGACGGAGGCGUCCGGGGAGAAGGUCAAGUGGCUCCUCGCCGACGUCAACCUAGGGUUCUGCUACCAGGGUGCCAAGAACCUCGGCGUCCGGGUGGCUGCCGUCUGGCCGGCGGCCGCGGCGAGUCUCGGGAUUUGGUCCAGCAUUCCCAAGAUGAUAGAGGAUGGCUUCAUCGAUGACAAGGGCGUGGCAAAGCAGGAGGGAAUAUAUGAGAUCGCCCCCAAGAUGCCGACGAUCUGCAUGUCGCGCCUGCCGUGGUACAUCGACGGUCCAACCGAGGGGCAGCAGCUGAUCUUCAAGCUCGUGGUCACCGACAACGCCCAAGCGACCAACCUCGCCGAGAUCGUCGUGUGCAACUCGUUCCACGACGCCGAGACAACGACGUUUGAAAUGUUCCCGGAGAUAUUGCCCAUCGGCCCGCUGUUUGCCGACCAGGAGCUCCGGAAGCCUGUCGGGCAGUUCUGGCCGGAAGACAUCAGCUGCUUGGAGUGGCUCGGCUCGCAGUCCGAAGGCUCCGUCGUGUACGUGGCGUUCGGCAGCUUCACCAUCUUCGACCCGCGGCAGUUCAGAGAGCUCGCCGAGGGGCUGGAGCUCACCGGCCGGCCGUUCCUGUGGGUGGUGCGCCCGGACUUCACCUCCGACGGCCUCGGCAAGGCAUGGUUCGACGAGUUCCAGAGCCGCGUCGCCGGCAAGGGCAUGAUCGUCAGCUGGUGCCCCCAGCAGCAGGUUCUGGCGCAUCCCGCGGUGGCGUGCUUCGUGUCGCACUGCGGGUGGAACUCGACGACGGAGGCGGUGAGGAACGGCGUGCCGAUCCUGUGCUGGCCCUACUUCGCCGACCAGUUCACGAACCGGAGCUACAUCUGCGACAUCUGGAGGACCGGCUUGGCCGUGACGCUCGGAGAUGGAGUCGUGACGAAGGAGGAGGUGAAGAGCAAACUUGAGCAGGUCAUCAGCGACGAGGGAAUCGCGGAGAGGGUAGGGAUGCUCAGGGAUGCGGCUCGUAUGAGCAUCGGCGAGGGCGGGUCCUCGUAUGAGAAUUUCCAGAGAUUUGUUACCCUCCUAAACGAGUGA